AUGGCCUCCUCCUCCAAGAAUCCCACCACCACCACCACCAAGACGGCCCCCAUCGACAUACCUGGGGCCGCGACGGACCGCAGCGCAGCUUUCAAGCGCGCAGAAGCGGCCCGUCGCGCCUCAGGCCCUCGCCGCUGGACUGUCUCCCACCCCGGAGGAUUCUCCGCGGCAGAGAUGAGCGCCCAGGCGACUCGGUCGCGCCGAGGAAUCGGCACCGAUCCCUCUUGGAUCGACCCCGCCGGCCGCCUCCGCCAGCUGCCCUACGGCACCCGUCUGCCCUCCCCUGUCCCCCUCACCGAAGAGGAGAUCGACCGCGCCCGCAACUCCGGAGCAGGACCCCUCAUCCCUUACCCGCGCCGCUCGCCCUCACCCGGUUCUCGUCCCGUUUUCGGACCGAUCACCUACCGAGAGCAUCUUCGGAUCGCCUUGGCUCAUCACAACACGUACAGCGUGUUCGCAGGCUUCCCUGCCGACAUUGGCGUCUAUGAGCCACCCCGGUAG